AUGGUGCAUGUGGAUCUCACCUGUGCGGCGAUUCGACUGACGCCCGUGUGGAUUUGUAUCGCUGCGCACUGCUCAAAUGGCGAUUGGCCUACGUCCCUUGAGGCGGCCAUUCGCGUAAUUGACUACGGCUUCUCCAUGGAGACGUUCCGCCGCCGGCCGGAGGUGCUGCUGACGCACCUCUUUGUGCACGCAAACGACGCACACCUCAGGGGGAACAUGGCAGCGUUGGUGACAACCCUGAUUGGGUUCGGUGGAUCCUCCGUGGAGGAGAAUCUCAUGGAGACGAGCAUCACAAAGUGUAUCCGCCGUACGCUCAGCUCGCUUGUGGUGUUCAUUGGCGGCGGCAUCAUUGGCGGCCUUGGCGGGCAGCUCCUCUUCAACGACGCGCAGCGCAAGCGUCGCUACGGGGGCUGGCUUACGGCGCCGGCGCUUCGGGAGAGCGCGGCGGGUGGCGUGUCGCCCGUCUCCGCCAUCGCGGAG